CUCAGAUUGAUGUUUCUUUUGGUGACUCCAUUUAAGAACUGCUUUUGCUUUACUGUUAUCCUUUCGGAAGGGAUAACCAAAGUUCAAUAAGUUCUCUUAUACUGUCUUCUUGAGACUGUCAAGUAUAAUGCCAUGAAGCUAGUAACAUCCUCAAAUAGUUCAGUUAAUAAAGUUGCCCAGUUUGGCAGCUAAAUAGCAGCUGUUCAUUGAAGUCACUACUGACAUUUCAGUGAUAAUUCUUUGUUGUGCAGGGGAAGAAAUUCAUGUGGCAAACCUCACCGAGAGCCCUUCUGUCUCUUUAUUGGACAUGUCUUUCCUGUUAGGGAGAGGAAGGUUACAGGUCUUGUGGGUUUUUUUUGUUUGUUUGUUUGUUUUAAACAUAUGUUUGACUGACCUAUCCUCCUUUCAGGUAGAAAGUUAAUGCUUUCAUAGGCAUAUUUAAAAAAAAUCCACUGCAUUGCAUUUCUUGAAGGGUGGCUAUCGAUGUAUGCCUUUGUAUGUUUACAUUUUUUUCAUGCCAUCUGGUUUUAAAUGACAGCACUUUUGGCAAAUAUUCAACAGCUUUUGUAAGCGUUCUACUGAGCUGUUACUAAAUAAAUAUGAUAUACGUGAGAUGACAUGGGCCUCCUUUGACCUACAGGAGGGCAAUCCAAAGAAGUUGUUCUUACUGUAACUUAGAUCAGUUCAAAAUCUAUAGAAGAACCUGCAGCAGACUUGACGUGGGUUAAGUGUUCAAAGCCAGCUGCCCAAGCAAGGCAGCUCUUGAUUAAUUAUGUAACUAGCACGUCUGGUAUCAGACACUGUAUUUAUAUCAUUAUGUAUGUUUUCUUGAAAGGUCUGUGGGGCACAAGACUCAUGGAAGAGAACAACACUAGCAGAGAGCGAUAUCUGAAAAGUGUUUUACGGGAGCUGAUAACAUACCUGAUUUUUCUUGUGGUCUUGUGUGUCCUGACGUACGGGACAGUGAGUUCCAGUAUGUACUAUUACACCAGGGUAAUGUCGCAGCUCUUCCUGGAAACACCUGUAUCAAAAAUGGAGAAAACUGAUUUCAAAACUUUGUCCACAAUGGACGACUUCUGGAAGUUCACUGAAGGCCCUUUGCUGGAUGGUCUUUACUGGGAGAUGUGGUAUAACAACAAAACCAUGGCCGAAAACAAAAGCUUCAUUUAUUACGAGAACCUGCUUCUCGGGGUGCCUCGCAUUCGGCAGCUGAAAGUGAGAAACGGUUCGUGCUCAAUACCUGAAGAUUUAAAGGAUGAAAUCAAAGACUGCUAUGAUGUCUAUUCUGUAGCUAAUGAAGACACUGCUCCUUUUGGGCUUCGAAACGGAACAGCUUGGACAUACACCAAUGAGAAGGAUUUGAAUGGGAGCAGCCACUGGGGCUUGAUUGCCACAUAUAGCGGAGCGGGUUAUUAUCAAGACCUCUCAAGGACCAGAGAAGUGACAGCCAUGCAGAUUGCUAGCCUUAAGAAGAACCUGUGGCUGGACAGAGGCACAAGAGCAGCUUUCAUUGAUUUCUCCGUAUACAAUGCAAACAUCAACUUAUUUUGUGUUGUUAGGUUGUUAGUGGAGUUUCCAGCAACUGGAGGCCUUGUUACAUCUUGGCAGUUUCAGCCAGUGAAGCUGAUUCACUACAUCUCUACUUUCGAUUUUUUCCUGGCAGCCUGUGAAAUGGCAUUUUGUCUUUUUGUUCUUUAUUAUAUGGUGGAAGAGAUCUUAGAAAUUCACAUUCAUAGACUGCACUACUUCAGGAGUCUCUGGAAUUGUCUUGAUAUCCUGAUCAUUGUGCUCUCUGUGGUAGCUAUAGGAAUUAACGUCUAUAGGACAUCAACUGUAGAUAUGCUCCUGAAGAAACUACUGGAAGAUCAAAACUCAUUCCCCAAUUUUGAACCUUUGGCAUAUUGGCAAAUACAGUUCAACAAUAUUGCUGCAGUCACUGUGUUUUUUGUCUGGAUUAAGCUCUUCAAAUUUGUGAACUUCAACAGAACGAUGAGUCAGUUAUCCACUACCAUGUCUCGCUGUGUCAAAGAUGUCAUUGGCUUUGCUAUUAUGUUUUUUAUUAUUUUCUUAGCAUAUGCUCAGUUGGCCUAUCUUGUCUUUGGCACUCAAAUUGAUGACUUCAGCACUUUCCAGGACUGCGUAUUUACUCAGUUCCGCAUCAUUUUGGGAGACUUUAACUUCACAGAGGUUGAAGAAGCUAAUCGAAUUUUGGGACCAGUUUAUUUCACUACAUUUGUGUUCUUUAUGUUCUUCAUUCUUUUGAACAUGUUUUUGGCCAUUAUCAAUGAUACAUAUUCCGAAGUCAAAUCAGAUAUGGCACAGCAGAAGGCAGAAAUGGAACUGUCGGACCUUAUCAGAAAGGGCUACAACAAAGCCAUGAUCAAACUUAAAUUGAAGAAAACUACUGUUGAUGACAUUUCAGAAAGCCUGAGGCAAGGUGGGGGGAAACUAAAUUUUGAUGAACUCCGACAGGAUCUAAAAGGGAAGGGCCACACUGAUGCAGAGAUUGAAGCAAUAUUUACCAAAUACGACCAGGAUGGGGACCAGGAAUUGACAGAGCACGAACAUCAGCAGAUGAGAGAUGACCUGGAGAAAGAGAGGGAGGAUCUCGAUCUGGAUAGGAGCUCUCUGCCACGUCCUCUGAGCAGCCGCAGCUUCCCCCGGAGCUUGGAUGACUCUGAGGAGGACGAGGAUGAAGACAGUGGACACAGUUCUAGGAGGAGGGGCAGCAGCUCUAGUGGGGUUUCCUACGAAGAGUUCCAAGUGCUUAUGAGGCGGGUCGAUCGCAUGGAGCAUUCUAUUGGCAGUAUUGUUUCCAAGAUUGACGCUGUUAUUGUAAAGCUUGAAGCAAUGGAGAGGGCCAAACUGAAAAGAAGAGAUGUGUUAGGGAGAUUGUUGGAUGGAGUGACGGAGGAUGAAAGACUGGGUCGAGACAAUGAAAUCCACAGGGAACAAAUGGAGCGGCUUGUGCGAGAGGAGUUGGAGCGCUGGGAAUCAGAUGAUACAGCAUCCCAAAUGAGCCAUCGUUUGGGAACGCCACUUGGACUGAACGGCCAGCCUCGUUCGAGGAGCUCCCGACCGUCCUCCUCACAGUCAGAUGGUAUUGAUGGAGGAGGAGGAGGAAAUGGGGGGAAUAACAUCCAUGUGUAAGAUGAACGCUGUAGUUCAUUCUGAAUGUUUCGGGUCAGUAUUAAGGCAGCAAAUACUCAACUGUUUCCCAUAGUGAGGUGAUCACCCUGAUCAAACCAUUAAAGGAAAGCAUGAGUGGUGGGUGAAAACAAAUAUUUUCUUUGUAAGGAAUUUUCAAAACUACAUAAGCCAUGUGUCAGGUUAAAGCUUUCGGUAGUGAGAUUGGUUGACCUUGGAAAUGAACAUCCAGGAGACAGAAUGGAAAUUAGGUGUGUCAAAAUCUCUCUGCACAGAACUCUGUUUCUUUACAUAUGCUACAGGGAACAGUUUCUUGCAGGCAACAAACUAUAGACAAAAUUUGCAAUAGGUACUUACUGUGGUCAGAACACUCCAACGAAGGAGCAUGAGUUUUGUGCUUUCUAUUGGAAAAUACAGUUCUAAAAUGCUAACUCUAAAGUAGAUGGGUGCAUUUGAUUCUUUUCAAAAAGAUGAAAUUAAUUUUUUAUUUUUUACUCUGAAUUUUUACAUACUUGUCUGGAAUCUUUCUUGGUGUAUUUUGAUCUUAAUUUUAAAUGCUCAUUUUUUAUUUGUUUUUUUUUUUUGGAGAAAUACUGUGUUUCUCUAAACAGAACCGUACUUUGCCUGUAAACCUGUAAUCCUGUUACUCUGUAAUAGAGACCAUAUGCAGUACAUACCUUUUAGUAUUUUAAAAGUAAUGUUCAUGAACUGCCUGUUCACCCAACUAAUGUUAUCAGUUAACUUUGUUGCACUGUGCCUAUUUUUUAAUGCCACAUUUUCAUGGUCUAAGUAUACCUGAAAUGAAUAUUCUGCACUUUAUUAGAUAAACACGAUCACUUUGCAGAAAAUAUAUUCCUUAAAAGCACGUGAGAUUGAAAACCCCCUUCCUUGGGUGUGAGGGGAAAGGGGGCAACGAAAAGUUGCUGACAGUUAGAAAAAUCCAAUCAAGUGUUCAAUGAAAUACUAAUCAUUUGUCUUGCGUAUUUAGCCUGUUUUUACAUUUUACAGAUCUGCUUUUAACAUUAUUAGAUACAUUUCUACAUAUGCUUUUUUUUCCUGGGGUGCAACACUGAUUCCUUUUGGCAAGUUGUUUUUUAUAUAACCACUGAUUUUCAGUAUUUCCUGUCCCGUGUUUUCUGAGACUGUGGAAGACUUUUUGUGUUUGGAAGGAGAUGCAACACUGAAAAUAUGUAGGGUUCCUAUAGAAAGCAUAGUAUUUAUAGUUCUGUGUAGCAGCAUGUUUUGAUAGGUGGCACAUUGGUUUGGGAGGGAGGUUGUCAGUUGUUUGUUUGUUUGCUUGUUUGUUUCCCUUGAAGAUGGCAGUCUUGUAUCAACGAUUUACAGUUGGUUUAAAUAAAAAUGGAAAGUUACAUAAUCAAACGCACACCUUAGCUAUUAGUAGAGAACAUAGAGAAAAAUGCCUGUUUAACAAGGUAUAAAUAGCAUUAGUGUUCUAUGUUGGUGCUUCUUGUUCUGCACAGUAAUUGUUUCCAGAAGUUCACAUGUCUCAUUCUUCUGGUGGUAUUACUUAGGCGAAGUUGCAUAUAUUCUUGUAGCAGCAUUGCCUGGACUUACAAUGACUCAGAAUAUUUUCCCUCUAAUUAGAGCGCUUGAACUUGAUCAAGCUAAGUAGAUUUCAUAACGCCUUUUCCUUUAUGUAAGUUUACAAGAAGCCAAAUGUACAGAAACUUUCUUAAUGCAAGAUGGAGCAGAAGGAAGUUUGAUGUGGAGACUAGAAUUUCCUAGCGGGCUGUGGAUCAAGAAUAGAACAAAGCGGGAAGACAAAUAAUGAUUCUUGUGAAGGUUUUUCUUUGUUCUCUUCCCCCGCUUCUUUUUGGCCUGCAAUCGGAUGAAAUUCUAAGACUUUUACAAAACAGACCGUUGCUAUCCCAAAACAGCGAGCAACACAAUGGUUAGCAUGUUUGUGUGAAAUGAGACGCUCGGACUAAGCUCUCUUUUGCCUUGACUGGAAGUUUCUGGACUUUAGAAGCCUUCUUGAGUAAAGCUUUGCUUUGUUAAACUAGUGUUUCUGAUUAAAAAUAAAAAAUCACUAGGCCUACACAAGGCCAGCUGGUGCGCAAGGAAACAGAAAAUAUAAUUCAAAUGAAUUUACAAUAUACAAAAUCUUGUCUUUGUAUUCAUAUCCCAGAUGUGUAGCAUGUUGGCAAUGUCAUGAUUUACAGUUUAAACUUUGAGGCAUGCUAACAAAUUAUGCUUGUGUAACAUGUAAUGGAUGUUGGGUUUAUAGCGUCAACGACUACCUAAAUGCCAGGGUAGUAUUUAAAUAGACUGUGUACUUAAAAUUAGUAGCUUUGUUCAAAUGACCCAGCUUUGAGCUUUCUAGCGUUCAGCUGAAAUGCUACUAAGAAAGCCUUGUGUUAAGUUUCAUGCCUGUGGCCUUUAAAGCAUGUGGCACACUGCUGCUGGGGUUUAUGGCAGGAGGAAUCCGGGAGUGCGGAGAGGAAGUGGUGUAGCAGUUAUUUGCUGGGGAGGCAGGACCGCCUUGGGAAAAAAGCAAAACAAAACCUAUCAGUAUGGUUUUAAAUACAUUUCCUGUAAAAAUGUAUCUUUCGGGCACGUAAACUGAGUCACGCAGCUCUUCUUCCUUUAUAGUAUCUGUUAUUACGAAAACCAAAAUGUUUGCUUUCAUAGCUGUAUUUGUUCAGGUAUAUUUCUGUAACGCGUCGUUACUUAAUAACAAACUUCAUCUUGAAGUGCUAUAAGUUUUCAUGGGGUACCCGUGUGUGCUGACAAUGGGCCUUGCAGUAAAUGCAUGGCAACUUGACAAAUGUUUUGAACAUUUUUAUUACGGUUUACUUUCCAAUUUUAGAUUUUCUAAUAUUGUUUGUCGCUUAUUAUUAAGGUAAGGUUGUUUGCAUAGUAAAGAAUGUAAAGUCUUUGAUCUUCUUAGGAAGCUGUUAAUUAUGCAAGUUUUCUACAAUGAUCAAGAAUUUAUUGGUCUGUAAAACCAAGCACUUUACUUCCUAAUAAACAUUUUAUAUAAAGUA